CAAGAACAAGAAAGCCACAUUGUUGUCUCACAUCUCACUAUAACCAGCCAAGCACAAAGCCCCCCCCCCCAAGCAGUGACAAACCAACAGGAUGGAGCGGGUGAGGCGAAGACCCGUGUUUCCGAAGACGCCGCAGACACGGCGAAUCAAGGUCCUGACGUUGGGGUGCACUGGGGUGGGCAAGAGCUGCCUGAUCAAGCGGUACUGCGAGCGCAGGUUUGUCAGCAAAUACCUGCCCACCAUCGGCAUCGACUACGGCAUCACCGUGUGGCAACCAGCAGAGCAAGCAGCCUCCGGCAGCGCACAGCGCAGGCAGAGCACAAGCGCCAGCGGCACCACAGCAGGCAGCAGUAGCAGCAGUAGCAGCAGUAGCAGCGCGGCUAGUGGCGACGCGCUGGUGCGCGUCAACUUCUUCGACACCUCUGGCGAUGACGUGUACUACUCUGUGAGGAACGAGUUCUACGAGUACACGCAGGGGAUCUUGCUUGUGUUUGACGUGAACAAGCGUCGCACCUUCGAACGCCUCAACGACUGGCUGGAGGAGAUGAGCAACGAGAUGGGCCAGGCAGCCAUGCAGCAGUGCUGCGUCGUCGUGUGCGCGAACAAGGUGGACGUGGAGCCGGCAUCGCAGCCUGCCACGCGCGAGGGGAAGCGGACCACGGCGCAGCCGAUCCCGCCCUCGCAGCGGGCCGUCUCGCUGGGCGAGGCGCAGCUAUGGGCGGAGAGCCACGGCUACCGCCUCUUCGAGACGUCCGCGCAGACGGGGAACAACGUCGCGGAAGCGUUCCACGCGCUGUUUGCGGCUGCGCUCAGCGUCGCGGGCAUGGCGGACGUGCCGGCCAACGUGAACACGGUCACGCCGCGGUUCACCAAGGACGACCUGGACGCCGUCACGCGCGUGCUUGCUGCAAAGAGCGACCACGGGGCCCUCGGCAUCGGCGCCGGCAGCGACGCGGCAGAGGUGCAGCGCGCGUUCCGAGCGCUCGCGGGCAAGAUCCACCCCGACAAGAACCAGGCGCCAGGCAGCGACGACGCCUUCAAGCGCGUGCUGCAGGCCAAGGACGCCCUGCUUGCUGGCCAAGCAAACGCUGCAUAGCACACCACAGCAGCAGCAGCAGCACUUGUCUGUUGCUACACAGCUCUUCAUCUCCCCCUCUCCUCUCUUCUCCUCUUCCCCUGUUCCCCCA